CAAUUAGCUGGCUACACAAUAUAACUUUAACCAUAACAAAGGGAUAACAAGGAUGUUUGCCAUGUUACAUUUUCCAUUUUCCAUUUUCCACUGGCCCUGGCCCUCACCGGACCCGAGCCUAAACAAACCGAGUCCCAAAAUUGUUUACACUUCUAUUACACUAGUUAGCAGGAAAGAUGUUUCUUGAACUAUCAACAAAGUAGUAGCCAGUAACUGCCAUUUUAAGCACUUAGUAACCAUCAUUUUUCCUUAUUUCAUUCUUAGUUAAGAGUUUUAACUUUGUUAACUAGUGUUAUUUACACUGUUUUUGGGGGUCAAACGUGUAAAGUUUAAAACCCGUUUAAGGUCGUACAUAAUUCCCGCAACUAUGCUCGCUCAAUUAUAAGGCAAUUAGUGGGUAAACGGUAAUCGGUAAUCGGUAAUCGUUAAUCGGUAUUCAAUUGAGGUGUGACAAAUCACACGAAUUACCAUUAACCGCAAUGACUAAAUCACUUUAGUGACUAAAUUUCGCUAGUUAGUCAGUCAGUUGCCUUUCAUUCGUGUGCCUUGUACCCUGCACAAUGGGAUUUUCCAAUCAUUUACUAGGUUUCAUCACCCUCUUUGGUUUUCUUCGACUAACCCAGCAGCACUGCUACAUGAUGAAGUUAGUGGGCGUUAAGUCCUGGGACACGCCCAACUAUGGUCUACAGAUCAACAUGUUCGAGAAGAACAACUCCAUGUCCUCCGUGACCACAGUGCGUCAGGAUGUGGCCAUACCACUGUGGCAUCUCGUCCUCUUGCAGCAUCCACGUAAGCGAAGUUCCGGCUCUGCCAGUCGCGCUGAACUGCCACGGACUCUUUAUAAUUCCACCACUAAGACCUGUGAUUUCUGGAAAUACAUCCGACACGUCUCGGCCUGGAACAAUGUGGCCAAACUGAUGCUCUCGAAGGGCGCCAGCAAUAUGAGCCUGGCCUGCCCUCUGAAAACCGGCGUAUACGUGAUGAAUCGCAUUCAAGUUCCACCAGAAACGGCAAUCUUGAAGUUUAUGUAUCACCCAAAUACCAUGUACACUCUGGAGGGCACUGUCUAUGCUCUGAACCCAAAGGAUAAGGUCACCAAGAAGGCUCUGUGCUACUACGAAAUCAAUGCCACUAUCUAUAAGUCGUGUUAGAGG